AUGGCGGAAAAAGUUCCUGAAUUGUCGGAGUUUGCGGACAAAUUUGUUAACGACACGAGCAUCGAUGACAAUCCUCCUCAUUUCAUUAUGAGCCUUAUGGGCGCGCUGCCGUGCUGCGGCGCUGUGCCGGCGCCGCAGCACGCGAUGUUCCAUGCAGCGCACGCCGUCUUCCUCGCCGCCUACGUCGCCCCCAACACCCGCGGCGGUCUACUCGUCAUGCACGGCCUACUCAUCGCAGGGUUCCUGGUGUACGGGAUGUGGGCGUGGAACAUCGCGUGUGCACGCGACGUGUUCUCGUGGGGCUUUUCCUUCACUGUCAUCAACCUGGGCCAGACCCUCUACGUGCUCUACCAGACCAGACCGGUCAAGACCGACAAGGAGCUCGAGGCGGUCUACCACACUCUCUUCAGACCCCUAAAUGUUGAGCGACUUGUGUUCAAGAGGCUCGUGAGCAGCGAGUGCUGUCAAGUGUCCUCACUGCACGCUGGUGAAGCCUACGCCUUAGAGGGCCUCACUAGGACUGACCGCCUCGGCCUCCUCCUUUCAGGAAAGGUUACAGUGUCAUCGGCAGGCCAGGUGCUCCAUAGUGUCGGGCCAAUGCAGUUCCUCGACUCGCCUGAGUUUGAAUCUUCGAGGGCAGCGAUCGACGACAAGUUCAAGGUUUCCAUCAUAGCGGCUACAACAAGCCGCUACCUUUUCUGGAAGCGGUCCAGUUUGGAACACUUGUUUUUGAAGGACCAGCACCUGACUACCGUGUUGUCCACCCUGGUGGCCAGAGAUAUAACCACCAAACUUUAUUGCAUGAACGAGAAGAUCGUAACAGAGAAAGGUUCUCACCUGGACAUCAGGCUUCCCUCGCUCACCGCGUCCCUCAAUCCAACCCUCGUUGUUGUGCCCCACACAGCCUCACCCUCCCUGUCCCCCGUCGGGACCACCGAAGUGAGGACCCAGCCUAACUGGGGUGAGGGAGCAGCACAGAGGGCUGGUUUCCCCACGACCCCCGUGGGUGGGGGAUUUGGCGCUCCCCUCGGCUACAGCAACUCAUCAGCAGCUGAGCUGCUCUCCAGCGACGGCAUCACGGCCGGCAACGGCGCACCGCCGGCCAACAAGAUGGAGCAUCCAUUGCACUGACUCCAUCGUUGUACUCAUUCAUGGUCCAACGAUAAAAAUAAAUAUAUCGUAAUAACCACAUUUUAGUGAGUAGUCCCUAACCAAUCAUAAGAAAAAUAAAUAUUUAUGCAGUUAUUUACGCCCAUAAUUGAAUAGUCAUAAUAAUAGAAAAAACGA